AUGCCAGGAGCUCCUUCCGGAAGAGGCUGUGAAGGCUGCCGUAAGCGUAAGAAGAAGUGCGACCUCGUGCAACCGUCCUGCUCCAGGUGCUUACGCUAUGGCAUCCGCUGCAUUGGCUCUGGGCAGCGCGUCUUCAGGUUCAAGAACGCUACCAUCACCGAAAGCACUCCCGUCUCUCGCACGGCUCGGCCUCGAGCCCAGCCACCCGUCCACGCCCACCCAAGACCUCAGCGUCCUCUCGGAAACGAGCUUACGUCCACGGCCGGGGCUUUCAUAUCCACCUUGCAGAUAUCCGAUCGCAAGUUCUCCAUCCAGGGCUUCGGCCCGUUCCUCAUGGACGUCCCUCGCCGGCUGGGCAGGAGCGCGAUUUUGAGCGCGUCGGCCAAGGCCUUUUCCAGCGCCGUCACCGCCGUGUACACCGGAAAGACUGUUUUCCAAGCGCUCAAGGACUACGGCGCAGCGCUCACCUGCAUGAGAAACGCUUUCGCCAGCGACCCCGGCCAAGCUGCCAAGGCAGACACUCUUUGCGGAAUAUACCUCCUGCUGCUUUCCCAGAACUUCAUUCGCGGUCACAACGAUGAUACCUUGGUCCACAUGCAAGGACUGUUGCAUGUUUUAAACAACAUGUCUCCUCGAGACCGAAGUGACCCUUUUGCCUCACAAAUCAUCGAUCUGAUCACCCUCGUCGCCAUUACUGAGAGCAUCAUCGACCCCCGAGUCAUCAUUAGUGAUCUCAAGUUAGAUUUGAAGCAAACAAACUUCUAUGGACCGGUAAACGACUACUCCGUCGUGGACAUUCGAUCGACGAACCUGACGGUAGCAAAUCUGAUUGUUUUGCCAACCUACUUGCGCGAACCAGAACAUCACCUUGGUCGGCUCAGGGCUUCGUACGAUCUAAUGAGGCUGGAAUCCAAGAAACUAGUUUCGAUCACUGUGCAGUUGCAUGCGGCGUGUGAAGCCAGCAAUGACUGGGCAUACUACAAGGGUUACGUAAUUUGCGAGUCAACUGUAAGUGUCUUGCAUUGCUUAAUGGCUCUCAUUCGACGCACCCUCGAGAUAUUUCACCCUCAGGAUGCCGUUUUGCAGGAACAUGCCGACCAUGCGGCCAACGAGGUUCUGGCGGCUGGCAGGAGAGCCUGGAGUUUUCGUCCUCUGGGCACAACGUACAUGCCCAAGACGCUAUGCCUUAUGUGGGCCACGGUUGACAAUCCAAAUACAAAAGCCAGGCUGGAGAAUAUGAUUGACAGCUAUCGCGAAAAUUUCAGAGGAAACUCCUGGACAAAACUGGUCCACUUCUUCGAGCAGCGAUUCGAGGCUAUGCGCCGGCGGGCACAGUCCAGGAUACCUUAUCGUUUCCGCCUCGACACGGCGAGUCCUGGCUCGACCAACGCGGGAAGCGAAGAGAGUGUGUAG